AUGGCUGACCCUGUUGGUGUUGCAGGCACGGCAUUAGGCGCCACGAGCCUCCUCGCCCAAGUGUUUGAGGGAACGGUAAAGGCGAUCCAACUCUGGCGAAAGGCAGGUGGAAUCGGGGAAGAUGCCGCCGUCUUUCAAACUAGACUAGAGCUGCAAUUGGCGCGAUUCAAGAGCUGGGGAUUCGACUGGAAACUGGACUGUGGCCCAGCAGGGCUUAAUGUCAACGACCGACGUUUUCAAGACCACGGUGACACUGCUAUCAAGUACGUCGUGUUGAUACACCACUUCAUCGAUCAGCUGGAUAGUCUCGUGUCGGGCAGCAAUGCGAUCAAGACGGCUGGACAGGCCUCAGUGCUGCCGACCUCUUCAAUAGAGAGGCUGUUGGAUCUAGCGAGCCCGAAUUCUGGCGAGCGACAAGCACUGUCGGAUAAAAUUCGCAGUGUUCAAGAAAAUUCAGACUUGAAGGAGCAGCUAUCCUGGGCCGUAAAGGAUGGCGAGCCUUUAAAGGCACUCGAUCGAUUGGAGAGCCUCAUCAACGACCUUACAAGUUUCUUUACCCCUCCAAGGGUUGAUCCGGCAUCAAAGCUUGCACUAAAUAGCCUUCUUGCAACAAUGAACCUGGCUAAACUGCAGAUGAUUAGCGUACAGCCGGACGCGGACUCUGAGCUAAGAGGUCUUGCUCUCCUCAAAUCGACCAUCAUCCAGAUGAAUGCGAGAGAGUCUGUCUUUGGCGGGGAGGACGUCACAGAAGAUGAAGCCGACUUGGAAGAGACUUCACCCAGGGACGAGAAGAAUGGGCGGGGAUUCGGCGUCUUUGAGAAGAAUGGCCCUCAAAAUGUGCUCGUGGAAUUCAAGGAAGUUGGAUCAUCCGAGUGUCCCCCUAAACACUCGCUGUUCACAUUCAAAGCCAUGAUACGGCACCGGAUCGAAAAUCUUGCCAGAUUGCUCAAGGCAGACUUCAAACCAGUGGAAAUGCGUACCCUGGACUGCAUCGGUGUAAUUACGAGGCAUCUGCAGGGUGGUGAUUUGGAGCAUGGCAUGCUGUUCAAAGUUGAGCAGGAGUCCACCACACUGUUGAACAUUCUUGAAUCCCAAAACCCAACUAGUACGGCCCGGGACGCCGAUUUGGAUGCCGGCGACUGGUAUCAGAUAGCAACGACGCUUUCACGGGCAGUCCUGUUCUUACAUCUCGCAGGGUGGCUGCACAAGGGGAUUCGGAGCGAUAACAUCAUGUUUUUCGCCAAACAAGGACAGGAUUUUUCGUAUUCGGAGCCAUAUAUCGUUGGGUUUGAAUACACGCGAGAGGCAUCGUCUGCGGGGCAAACGGAAGGCGUUGAUGACGAUAUAGGGAACAACUUGUAUCGACAUCCUGAGGUGCAGGGUCUGCCGGUGCAAAACUCGAGGACCAAUUCGGCGAGGAAUGCAAGAACGCCAUUUGACUACCGGCAUGACAUUUACAGCUUUGGUAUAGUGCUACUCGAGCUGGGUCUGAGGGAGACGGUUGAGACUAUGCAGCGGCGGGCGUCUGUUAUGGCUGGAUACAGUAAUCACACUGCUGAUGGAUUUAGGGAGUAUCUGCUGAUACAUGAAGUGCCCAAGUUGUCGUCGAGAAUGGGCAAAGGGUAUCGAGAAGCUACGCAGCAGUGUCUUGAGGGGGGAGUUGUGGCUACGGGUGACCGAAGUAUACAGGAGGAUUUUUAUUUGAAGGUUGGGCGAAUAUUAGAUGGAUAUCGAGUCAAUUAG